AUGUCUACUUCUAACUCCACCAGCUUCCCUAUCACCACCUACUCGAUACCCGGCGACGCCAACUGGCUAGCCGACGAACGAGUGUCUUUCGCCUGUGGGCAACGACACAACCAAGCCGACAUCACUGAUGCCAUAGAAUUAAUGUCAGCAAAAGACGCCUAUACCUAUCUCUUUUACGAGACCGAAAAAUGCUGCCCCUAUGCGUAUCACGCUCUUUCUUCCAUGCAUACCUUCCUUGCCAUAGACCUCAUAGCUGACGAACUCCUAAAAGCCAUAGACUCAAUACAUUCAUUGGAAAGCGAGCAUUCGCGGCUCAACAGUCAGGACUUGAGUAUCUGUCGGUGUCAUGCACCAAAGUUGAUUGGUAGCAUGGACAGGUGUCAAUAA